GUGAAGAUGGCGGCGCCCUUGGCGAGAGCUGUGAGGAGACCGGUGGUCGGAAGGUUCUUUAGUACCGCUGUCGUCCUAUGCAAACGUGUCCCCCCACUGGGGCCUAUGCCCAACCAGCAGUUUGAGGGGCAAGACGUGGAGUCGCUGGAGAAAUAUCGCAGUUUCCUCCGGUAUUACCGAACUGCUGAGAAGGAAGAGAAGAAGUCCCAGUGGUGGAAGACGUACAGACAGUUCCAACAGGAAGAAGAGGAUACAAAUAAAGAAAAGGCUGACAUUGGAUUUCCUCAUUUCACACCACAUAAUGCCAAAACAGCUCAGGCUCGGAAGCAGGUACAACGAGAGAAUCGCAGAAAUCCAGAGCUGGAGAGAGCUGCUCGCUUGCGCACAUUAAGGAUUCCGCUAGAUGAGGUCCGAGCAGAAUGGGAGAGAACAACUGGCCGAUUGCAUGUGCAGCGGGUGGCAGAACAUUAUGGGGUGUUCAAGGAUCUGUUUGGAGAUGCCACUUUUGUCCCCAGCGUCACACUCGGAGUCCAUUUCAACAAGGGUGAUGAAAUGCUGAUGCCGGUUUAUCAUGGGAAUUUGGUGACUCCUACUGAGGCAUCUGCUCCUCCUGACGUAACAUUUGAGGCAGAAGAAGGGUCUUUGUGGACUCUAUUGCUCACCAAUCCAGAUGGCCACCUGAGGGAGACAGAUUCUGAAUAUGUACAUUGGCUGAUGGGAAACAUCCCUGGAAACCAGGUGCAUUCUGGAGAACAGAUCUGCCAUUACUUCCCACCUUUCCCUGCAAAGGGCACAGGAUACCACAGACACAUUUUCAUCUUGUUUAAGCAAGACAGACACAUUGACUUUAAGGAUGAGCUUCGACCAAACCCAUGUCACAGUCUAAAGCUAAGAACAUUUAAGACCGUAGAUUUCUACAGAAAGUAUGAGGAGAGUCUCACCCCUGCAGGCCUGGCCUUCUUCCAGUGUGCGUGGGAUGACAGUGUUUCCCAGGUCUAUCACCAGUUACUCAACAUGAGAGAACCAGUAUUUGAAUAUGAGUGCCCACCUAAAUAUCACCCUAAGCAAAUAAAAUACCCCCAUGCAAAGCCCUUGCGGUACCUGGACCGAUAUAGAGACUCGGAAGAACCAACAUAUGGUAUUUACUGAGUGUGGAAUUAAAUGUGCUGUUGCCUUGCCCGUGGAUUUUUGGGAGCUGCCUGGUUAAAGGGACCGAAUCCACCUCUGCUUCAGACACCGUUCUGAAUUUUCAACCCAGCUGGCCUUCAUUCCGUUAAUCCUUUACCAUAAGACUCUCUAUAAUGCAAAGUUCUAAUACUUUCUGCUUAUUAAGAGCAAACGAGACUGAAUACAAAAGUGAUCCACUAAGUCGGCUUCAUAUAUCUGGGUUUCCCCCUAUAUGUUUAGAACAUGGGUCGUUAAUAUGAUAUAUUAGUUGGAAUGUCAAUGGCUAGUUUUGUAAUAAAACCUAUGCCCAUA